GUGGCGGCUCGGCCGGUGGGUCCCGCACGGCCCGGCGGCGGCGGCGGCGGCUCGGCUGGACCGGCACCGGCACAGCCCUGCCGGCCACCGCCCGCUCCCCUCGGGCUCUUCCCUCCCGCCGUUCUCUCCCAGCUCCCCGAGCCCGCUGCCCUCAGGGCCUCUUCCCUUCUUCACCCCCCGCCUCACACCCUCCCCCCCGCGGAGCCCCCAGUUCCCCCCGGUCAUUCCCUCUUCCCCCGCUCAGCAUAUCCCCUUCCCUUCACAUCCCCCGCACGCUCGGGGCCCCCUGAGCGCCCUCCCCGCUGCGCCUGAAGCCCCCGCCCGCGGCCUCCCCCAUGGUGGGGUUCGGGGCGAACCGCCGGGGCGGCCGCCUGCCCUCGCUGGUGCUCGUGGCGCUGCUGGCCGUGAUCGCCGUGCUCGCCUUCCACUGCUGGAACGCGGCGUCGCGGCAGGCCCUGCUGCGGGAGGAGCUGGCCGAGCUGCAGAGCCAGGCCCAGCGCACCGAGGUGGCGCGGGGCCGCCUGGAGCGGCGCAACUCGGACCUGCUGGGCAAGGUGGACUCGCACAGGAAGCAGCUGGAGCAGAAGGAGGCGGACUACAGCCACCUGAGCAGCCAGCUGCAGGCCAGGGACGGCCAGGUGAAGCGCUGCGAGGACGGCAAGAUGAAGCUGCAGAACAACAUCUCGUAUCAGAUGGCAGACAUACAUCGGCUAAAGGAACAACUGGCAGAGUUACGGCAGGAGUUCAUCCGCCAGGAAGAUCAGCUGCACGAGUACAAGAAGAACAGCACGUACCUGACAAGGAGGCUGGAGUAUGACAGCCUGCAGUGUGGGCAGCAGAUCAAGGAAAUGAGACUGCAGCAUGAAGAGAACAUCAAGAAAUUAAUGGACCAAAUUGCUCGGGAACAAAAGGCCACGAAGAAAGUUCAGUCUAGUAAAGACACUGCAGUCAGCCCCAGCAAUGGUGACCAGGCAAUACCUGAGGCGGUUGCAGAGGUGGAAGAUAAAGACAUAGUGAAGAAUGAGGAGCCUUCAGAACAUGUUGCAAAUGGCAAAGAGAAAAUCAAACCAGGAGGAGAUGCAGGCAUGCCUGAAAUAGAAGAUAAUGACCCUGCUAAAGCUGAAGAUACUCCCACUGCUUUAAAGAGGCCACUUAUUUCAGCUCCUAAAAGUGAAGGUCAUCAGCCUGUUAUCAAUCUUCCAACUGAACAGCCCCAUGCUCCAAACCUUGCACCAGGUUUGCCCAGUGACAGUGAUGGAAACGCUGACAUUGCCAAGCAGAUCCCUCCAAAUUCUCUCCAGCACCUGAAUUUUGAAGAAAAUGUGGAAACCCGGAAAGAGCACAAGGUUGAGCCAGACCAGAUAAAAAUCCCAAAGAGCCGAGUUAGCGACUUGCAGAAGAUUAAGCAAAGCCGGUUCUUUGAUGAGAAUGAAUCCCCUGUGGACCCGCAGCAGGGUUCUAAACUGGCAGAUUAUAAUGGGGAUGAUGGGAACGUGGGUGAGUAUGAGGCAGACAAACAGGCCGAGCUGGCUUACAAUGAGGAAGAGGAUGGUGAUGGUGGAGAAGAAGACGUCCAAGAUGAUGAGGAGCGAGACCUGCAGAACGACCUGGGGGACUACAGCAAGUCCCGCCUCAGCGAGGGGGUCCUGUAGGCCCCGGGCACAGAGAGCUCAACCCAGGAACCUGAGGUGCUGCAAACUGGACCUGUUUUACUCCAGUGUUUCCUGCUUCCAGGGAAGCUGAGGAUCAAGUGCCGAGAGUGCUCAGCAGCAGGAGGAGAGGACCCCCUCUGUACAUAUGUACAUAUUUGUACUGUUGCAGGUUGUAUUAAACCCACAUCUUUGCUGUUA